UAGCAAUCCAUGGCCUAAAUUCUUACUAUUUCCUUUGUUGUUACGUUUUAGUCAUCUAUCACCUUAAAUACAUUAAUGUUAUGAAUUUAUUCCUACUUAUUGUCUGAUUUGAUGAAAAUCACAACCUGCAACUUCAUGCUAUGAUAAAAGGGCACAGUGGCAGCAAAUCCUUUAUCCAAUAUCCAAAAUCACAUUCUUUUGUUUCAUUGCUUUCUGCGUCUCGAGUGCACGAAUCAGAUCGUAGAGCAAAACCGGGACUUUAGAUUUAGUGAGUAGUUUCCAGAAGAACAGAAUGGAAGAUCAGUUUCCCAAAGGAAUGCGUGUUCUUGCCGUCGAUGAUGACCCUACUUGCCUCUUCGUUUUGGAAACCCUGCUCCGAAGAUGUCAAUAUCACGUAACUACGACAAGUCAAGCAAAAACAGCAUUGACGCUGUUGAGAGAAAACAAAGGCCAGUUUGACCUGGUAAUCAGUGAUGUGCACAUGCCAGACAUGGAUGGAUUUAAGCUUCUUGAACUUGUUGGACUUGAAAUGGACCUUCCUGUCAUAAUGCUUUCUGCAAAUGGGGAUACAAAGUUGGUGAUGAAGGGGAUUUCUCACGGGGCCUGCGAUUAUCUGCUGAAGCCUGUGAGAAUGGAGGAGCUAAAGAACAUUUGGCAGCAUGUGAUCAGGAGGAAGAAGUUUGAUCCAAAGGAGAAGACCAAAACCAGCAACCUUGAUAAACCAGCUUCUGAUAGUGGAAAGUUGACUAAAAAGAGGAAGGAUCAAGAUGAAGGUGCAGAUGAGGAGCAAGAGAAUGAUCAUGACGCUGAGGAUCCAUCAAACCCGAAGAAGCCUCGGGUUGUUUGGUCUGUGGAGCUGCACGGCAAGUUCGUUGCUGCUGUUAAUCAGCUAGGCAUUGACAAGGCUGUGCCUAAAAAGGUUCUUGAUUUGAUGAAUGUUGAAAAGCUUACAAGGGAGAAUGUGGCCAGCCAUUUACAGAAAUAUAGGCUUUAUCUGAAAAGAAUUAGCUCACUUAGCUGCAUGGCAAGCCAACAGACUAGUAUGAUGGCGGCCUUAGGGAGUAUUGAUCGAUCCUAUUUGAAAAUGGGCUCUAUGAGUGGGGUUGGACAUUUGCAACCAGUAAAUGGUCUUGGACAGUUUCAUAAUAAUGCUUUCAAAUCCUUUUCACCUAGUGGAAUAAUUAGUAGAUUGAACACUGCAGCUGGUCUGGAUGUGCAUGGAUUUCAAACUUCCGGAGUACUUCAGUUGGGUCAAUCACAAUAUCUAAACAAUUUCAAAGAUGAUCAGCUUAAUAUCCAGCCAGCCACAGUUCCUGUUAAUCCUAAUCGUGUUCGAGGAAUGUCAGUGACUAUGGGGCUUGAUCAAUUGCAAGAUAAUAUGGGUGUCAUUCCUGUUCAAAACAUGACCACUGAUUUUGAUAGGAGAACAACUACUUCACCCAUUUCAAAUAAACUCCCAGAUCAAAGAGCAAGAAUAACCACUUCUGUCUCUCACACACCACUUUUGGGUAGCUUAAACAAUGCCUUGAUGUUGGAAACUCACCCUCAAGAUAAACCAGGUGGUAUAGGAUAUGAAAAUUCAUCCUCUGCAGGAGCCUUCCAACAUUCAGAAAUUGCUUUCUCUUUGCUGGAUAAAGGUAGAUAUACUGAUAAUUGGUCAAGCGACGUGAAGUCAUCUGCGAUCAUGACAAAUUCUUACCCUCCAAGUGAGUGUUUUAGACAAACAGCUACACCUCCUUCUAUCGAUAACAUGGCUUCUUUACCCUUGCAAGGAGUGAAUUUUACAAAUAAGCCUGGGCAGACAAACAGUAACGUUCCAUUUCAAGGGUGGGAUGACCACAAUCAGAAUGCUACUUACUAUUCAAAUGUUAUUGAUGGAUCAAUAAGCUCUCCGACUACAGUUAAUGAAGCUGUUGUUCCAGCAGGCCAUACUCCUACUAACUCAACCAUGCCCAAAACCUUGGACUACAAUUUUUGUGAUCCCUUGCAAAUGAAGCGUGAUGGCUUCGUGGAGUUAACUGAAGACACCCCGUUGAAGCAACAUCAGGGGAAUAUCAUGAACCAGCAGAAGCCUCAAGAAAGUUGCUUCUCUAAUAAUUUUGGUUCACUGGAAGACUUGGUCUAUUCAAUGAUGGCACAGGAGCAACAUAAGAUGAAACUAUUGGAUGCGGACCUCAUUUGUGAUAAUUACUGUGGUGGGAUAUCAAUGUUACAGCAAGUUUGGGACAAUAUAUCAGCAUCAUGCUAUCCUCGCUGAUGAACUUUGUAGCAUGAUAAGUCUUCUACUAGUUUUCUGCAGGCUUUAUCUUUUCCAGUUUUCUUUUUCCUGGGUGGUAUCUAGAUUUCUUCCUUUGAAGUGUUUGGUUUAGAGUUUUGUUGGAAUUAGUUUGGUAGAAUUGAGUUUGAAAAGUAGACCAAAUCAUUUUAAUGUGGGCAUUGAUUUCAUGUAUGUUUGAUUUUUUGUUGAAUUUAAUGUCGAUCCACAUUUGAGCCAA